AUGGCAAGGACUGAUACCAAUGAGUUUGUUGGUCGAAACAACUACAGGGCCAGUUACAAUGUAACACCUGGUACACAUCAAGCUGUGAUCACAAACUACAUGUCCACCAUAAACACUACUACCACUACUACCUCAUCAACUACUGCUGCUGCUCCACAACAACAGCAACAACAACAAUCAUUCAAUAUGGGUGUUGUUAGAGUUGGAAGAUGUGAUCGUAUUGCAAUGGCAAUGACAUGGGGAGGCAUUGGAGACCCUCAGUACAACAUCAUCAAUAUAAGAUCGGACUCUAUACCCAACAACAACCUAUUCAAGAGUUUGAUCUCAAAGAGACGUUGCCUCAUCGUGGCCGAAGGCUUCUAUGAGUGGAGCCACAAGAGUGACGAGUCAUCCAAGAUACCUCCAUCACCAUACUACUUCUACCCUGCCCCGUCGUCACAACCAGACACAUCAUCAUCAUCAUCAACAUGCCCCGAUGUUGACAUGUCAGACCUCGACGACAACAACAACAUGAUGGACAACACAACACAGCCAACACCAUCAUCACCAACAAAGCAAAUGAUCUUGAUGGCUGGUGUGUUCCAGAUCAAAGAAGAACAAGGAUGGAGGAGAUGA